ACGAAUAAAACGUUUUGUAAGAUUCUAAUGGAAACAGUUGAAUUGCGUGCGCCUAAAACAUUUUACGCGCUGGACCUGGUUGGAACCGAAUUAAUCAGAAUUGUCUCGUAACUGCAAAGAGUUAAAUGAUCGCAAGGAUCGACGAAGAAACGUAUAAAAAAAAAAACUUUCAGCUUUCAGAAGACUUUACACGGAACCGUGCGCGCGUUCUAACGCAAAUAAAAGCCAAGCCAAGAUUUCUCGAGAAAGUGGUCAACCAAUGAAGGCGAGGGCUCCGUCUGGCAUCACUGCCAAUGAGCUAAGAACGGUUCCUACCGUCCGGUUUCCGAGUCCCGUAGUCACGACAGAAGGUAUUGCUGGCGAACCCCUCGUAAGUCAGUGUUGCGAGAGUAGGUUCACCAAGUGUUACCGCCGAUUACAAGUCCUCGCGAACCACGGGCUCCCGAAGCUGAUCCAUUCGUGCGCAAAAAGUGCUGUGAAGUUCGAGGAAUCAUCAAAUUCAAACAGAGAAGACUGCUCCAACGUUUACACCGACGGGAACUAUGUUGCCACGGAGAAGGAAAUUGCUUCUUUACGCCGUCUUGGUCGUCUCAGUCUACGGGCAAAAAAAUGCUAAGAAGGAUGAAGAGAAAAAAGAUGAGGAAUUCACGUGCCCGGAAGGUCAAGGCAACGGUAACUUCGCCGAUCCAGCAACGUGUAGAAGGUUUUACCAGUGUGUCGAUGGAUACCCGUAUCUAAACAGGUGUCCCUCAGGGUUACACUUCGACGACAUCAGCAAGUUUUGCACCUUCAAAAAUGAAGCUCGAUGCGGGCCCAUCGCCACGACCCCGCCGCCAGUGACGGAACCACCAACGGAUUUAGCAGAGAAAUGUGAUACCUCAAAUUGUCAGUUACCAUACUGCUAUUGCUCGAGGGACGGUACAAUAAUUCCUGGUGGUAUUCACCCAGACGAGACACCCCAAAUGAUAAUAAUGACAUUCGACGGAGCGAUAAAUCAUAAUAAUUUCGACCAUUACCAAAAAAUAUUUGCUACUGACAGACUGAAUCCAAACAAUUGCCCAUUGAAAGGUACUUUCUUCAUUUCACACGAAUAUUGUAAUUACAAUAUGGUACAAAGUUUAGCACACGAUGGGCAUGAAAUUGCUACAGAAACAAUAUCACUGCAAAAGGGUUUGGAAGAUAAAGGAUACGAAGAAUGGGUGGGAGAAAUGAUAGGAAUGCGAGAGAUAAUGACGCAUUUUAGCAACAUCACGAGGAGCGAAGUUGUUGGUAUGAGAGCACCGUACUUGAAACCAGGACGGAAUACUCAAUACAAAGUGCUGCAAGACUUUGGAUACAUAUAUGACAGCAGUAUUGGAAUUUCACCAUUAAAAGUACCAAUUUGGCCAUAUACUCUCGAUUAUAAGAUUCCGCAUGAAUGUAAAGCGGGAACGUGCCCCACUAAAUCGUUCCAAGGUGUGUGGGAAUUGCCAUUAAAUGCACAUUACGUCGAAAGCUACGAAGGAGGGCAUUGUCCUUAUUUGGAUCAAUGUGUACUUCACAAUCAUGAUCCUGAAGAAGUCUUUGAAUGGCUACAAGAAGAUUUCAAUCGAUACUAUGAACAAAACAGAGCGCCGUACAUGAUGCCUUUCCACACAAACUGGUUCCAAAUAAAGGAACUUGAACGAGGUCUAUCGAAGUUUCUUGACUGGGCAGUGACAUUACCUGACGUGUACUUUGUAACAGCCACGCAAGCACUUACAUGGAUGACUGAUCCGAAACCAAUUAAAUCUUUGAACAAUUAUGAGGGAUGGUCAUGUAAAAAGAAAGAAAAUAUUCCUGGACCGCCAUGUAACAACGCGAAUAAAUGUGCUUUAGAUUUCAAACCUACAGAAUCUAAUUUUACUACUACUAGGUAUUUAGAAACAUGUAGGGAAUGCCCCAAUAAAUAUCCGUGGCUAGGAGAUUCGAAAGGGACUGGACUAUACAAUGAUAAUUAUAAUCCUGAAAAGAAGUAGAAAUUUGUAUAAACGUGCUAGAACGAUGAUUAGAAAGAGUUCAAUUAAUUCUCAUUUACUGUUAUCUAAAUGAAUAAUACGUAUAAUAAAUUUGAAACUCUUUGGCUUGAAUCACACCUUAAAGCAGAAAUCACUAUAGAUUGAUAUAUCGAAAAACUUUCGUAAAAAUGAUAAAUAAACUACAAUAAUGCUCUGUUAAUUUUGUUUUAUUCAUACUUCACGUAACGCUAGUUUCACUAUAUAUAAUUUUAUGUUAUUCUUUUAUAUAGCGACUUUGUUGUUUAUUUUCUAUAAAUGCAUAACCAUUUAUUGUAAAAUAAUUGUCGCUUACAAUUAUUUAGAACAUUAAACGAUAAGCCUAUACACUUCUGAUUUUAAAAUGUGACAAAGAAAAAAAUUAAAUUAUUGUAUUAUCCUUGUUCUCAGG